AUGAACGCGCCAGAUCGUUUCGAGUUGUUCCUCCUCAACGAGGCAUUGGACGAGAAGAAGAUCACGGAAAAGCCGUUUGCUGGCAUGUCAAACACCUCGGAUUUCAUUAUUCUCAAGGAAGACCACACCAUCGGCAACCUGCUUGCUGAGCACUUCAAGCAGCACCCUCACGUGAUGAUGGCCGGCUACAAAGUUGCUCAUCCCAAUGUCCCCGAGGUCUUGAUCCGUCUUCAGACCGACGGCACAGUCACUCCCCGUGAGGUGUUCAUAGAUGUGUGCAAGCAGCUUGUAGCUUCCCUCGGACAGCUCGCUCAGAACUUCACUCGAGAGUAUGAGCUCCGCCGCAUGGCUACCGCGGGAGAGCAGGACAAUAAUUCAGGCGGUGGUGCCAACGGCAAGCCUUAG